AGCAUCCGAGUCAUUGUUUGACAGGGCAAUGAAAAAGUUACUACGCCCUUCGUGCCGCUCCAGACCAAGCGACAUAGAAGAAGUUCUAAAGUGCAGCGACUUCAAACUGAAAAAAACUGUACGUCAUGGUCUACCUCAGCAUCCGACAGCUAUUGCAAUUGAUCCGGUGCUGGGUAUUUUUGCUGUUGGGUCACGUCUAGGCGGCAUUAGAAUUAUGGGAGACACAGGGAUAGAUAGUUAUGUGGAGCAUGAAGAGGAGGCUGAAAUACUGCAGCUGCUGUUUCUCAUCAAUGAGGGCGUCCUGAUUAGUCUUACUAACGGUGAAGUCUUGCAUAUGUGGAGUUUGAGACAGAAAGUUCCAAGCAUUGUUCAACAGCUUAAGUUUAACAGAGAAAAAGUGACGUGCUGUUGUCUUCCUCUGCAAUCGCAGUGGCUCUACGUUGGUACAGACGGUGGAAACGUGUGCUUUGUUGACGCGCAUAGCCUCAGUCUCUCUGCUUAUGUUAUUCGAUGGAAUCGGGCUAUCACAUUGCAGCAGAGGGAAAAACCUGGAGGUGUAGUGUUUCUGUCUGAGCAGCCGACAGACACAAACAAGAUUUUGAUUGGAUAUAGAAAGAGUCAGGCCGUUCUGUGGGAUCUCAAAUCGCAAUCGGCUCUAAUGCGAUUCAAAUAUUCGUCUAAUUUCUACUGUGUUUCAUGGUUGCACGACGGCAGCAAGUUUGUCUGCGGUCACUCUAACGGUCACUUGACAAUUUGGACGCCAAAACACGAGAUGCCGUCAGACACAUUUACAGUUCAUGGAGGACAAAGUGAGGCUCUCUCGCCCGUCACUCAUAUAGAAUGGUUGAGCAGAACGGACGGAGACCCUAUGAUUGUGUUUGCUGGUGGAUUGCUUAAGUCUCAGCAUCAAGUACGUCGUGGAUUGGUGACAGUGUUAUGUGAUGAGAAGAAGGUGACGUUGCCAUUGGAUGCGCCCGUUAUUGGUCUUGGUUGUAUAUGUCGGCAGUUGUUUGAGAACGAGAUUAGAGAUCCACAGACUGCAGUCAUUCUUACUCAAGACGAGCUUGUGGUGCAUGAGUUGUCUACUCCAAACUGCUCCAAUGUCCCUCUUGCUCAUGCCGUCAACAUUCACAUCCCUCCUGUCACUUGCCUGUGCUACAACACAAACGUUGCAGAAGAACUCUUAGCUGAUUUGUGGUCAAUCGCAACGAAGAAACGAGACAGUCAUACUAAUCCUGAUCAGAAGUGGCCGUUUACGGGUGGAAAGAAUGUGGAGACUGAUGCAGCGGCCACAAACGAUGUCGUUGUGACGGGGCAUGUGGAUGGUUCGGCUAGAGUAUGGGAUGCGUCAUCAGUGACUCUUUGUCCAUUGGUGAGCGUCAGAAUUUCCCAUUUGUUUCAAAUGUCGAGUGACGCCGCCGUGUCAUCAGCCCAAGCAAUGCCAUCAUCACACCGUACAGUAGAGGACAUGCUACCUGUACACCAGAUCGCAUUCUUUCCCAACUCACGCAUGCUCAUCAUUGCCACAGUCAACAGCUGCGCUAUUUUGUGUCCGUUCAACACGUCGUCUCAAGAAGUACAACUAAAGAGUUUAGAACUUAUUAUUCCUCGAGUCUUGCAAGAUAUCAUAUCUCCUGAUGUCAUAUUCGAAUCAUCAAAACAUAGUCACGAGCAGAGAUUACAUUUUGAAGAGCGAAAGAUGGAUUUACCAGCCGGUUUUCAACCGUCACUUUGCUGUCAGUUAAAACACGAAAUUCGUACUGACAGUGCUCCAGAGAUAUCGUCACUUGCCUACAGCUCAGACUUUGGAUUGUUUGCAAUUGGAACGGUUCAGAGUCUCAGUCUUGUUGAUGUUGUCCAGCAGCAGUGUGUGUGGUCUUGUAGGACAAAGGAGUUGUAUGCUCUUGGUAGUCAUCAUCUAAUUGCUGCCACACCUGUUAGUGAAGCAAGUAGCUCUCCUUUGUCAGCAGCAUCGUCACCAUCGGUAGAAGGUCGAAAGUCUUUCGACUUCUUUAGCAAGUCGAGGCGAGUUCGUGCACCAACUGCUCCCAUUGCCGCCGCCGCCGCAGCAGCAACAAUCGCAUCAACAGAGAAAGUACGACAAAAGAAAACAAAGAAAACUCUCAGUGCAAGCGACCUGCAAAACAUGAGAUUAAAUCUUUCACCACACGAUAUGACCGAUGAAACUGGUGUUGAUGGUGGAAAACCCAAUGCUCGCGAUGAAGUGGAGACAAUCAGUUUUUCGACGGCAGUUCUUCAGAAGGAUGUUUCUUCACCUCCAUCACAUUGUCUGUGGAUUGGACUGAGCUCGGGCAAUAUUAUCUGUAUUGUGUUGCAAAUACCAUCGUCAGACAAACGGUUGACAAACUCGGUGUCAUGUCUUCAGACUGGUGUCGUGUUUCAGAUGAAGUGUGUGCCGAUUUACAUUGCGGUGAUUGAUGUUGAAAUGCCAAAGAGUGGAAGCUCGAGUUCGAAACUAGGAGUUAAAGGAACACCUCCACCUGAAAAGAAACUUUUGGCUCUUUCAGCACUGACAAAGCCGAUACACAGCUUUGUAGUAUUCUGUACUGACCAGCAAAUAAAGGUGCACGAGCUGCCGUCUCAUGAUCGUAGUGUCUUCAAGACUGAACUCACAAAAGGAUACACGUAUCUUAAGGCAAAGGUUAUUACUGUAAAAGGACAUUCAUGUUUGUUCUGCCUCACAUCUGAUGGUCAUAUAAUGAUAUUCAGUUUGCCACGGCUGAGACUUCUGCUAGAUAAAAAAGAGACGAUAUCAGUGAAUGAGAUGAGAGUUUGGCGAACGUUUGAGAUAGGAGGCCAUGGGCAGGCUAUCUACAUGGCAUCACGGUCAGAAUUGCAACGUAUAUCAGUAUUGGAAAACGAUGGGCUAGACAUUCCUGGUUCGUUUUGUGACUUGUUCACCAUCACAUCGUUUCCCGAACGACCACAGAAGGGCUUCUUGAAGCGCAUGUUUACAAGCCAGCCGCAAAAUGUCAAUCGAGAACAACUAUUCGGUAAAAUGAAUCCGGGUAUGAGUGCUGUAGCUACUAAGCUAAUGCCUGAAGCUUCGUCGCUAGCCGAUGCAAUGAGCAAAGCUCGAGAAGGUUUAGGGGAGAGGCAAGAGAAGUUGGGUGACUUGGUCGAUAAGACGGAUGCCAUGAGGGUGUCGGCCGACGAGUUUGCAUCACGUGCACGGGAUAUUCGAAAUCAAUACGAACAGAGAAAGAAGAAAUGGUGGAAUCCCUUUUCGUAAUCGUUUGGGUUUAGAGAGUUUGAUAAGAAUUGCUGUUAUACAUACGGUUGAUAGAGUUUGAUAAGAAUUAGUGUUAUACAUACGGUUGAUAGAGUGUGCAGGUUUAGCGAGAAAGAGACGAUGAUGUUAACGACACUUGCAAGAAUGAAUUGUUGAUAUAAACUAUUGCAGUUAUACAGUAUAAUUAAUUAAUAUAUACUUUCAGCAAGAGUG